AUGCGAACAAGUACAAGAUCGCAAGCGUCAAGUGUAAGGGACAGUGCUGAUGCACAGGCUGAGUCGGCCCCCUCUGCUACGGAUGCUGCUCAAGAAGCGGCUGGACCUGAAACCAUGUCCAUGCAGCAACUGCUAGUAUACCUAACACAGCAGCAACAGCAGUAUCAAGCUCAGAUGCAAGCGCAAAUGCAAGCCCAAAUGCAACAAGCCAAUGUGAGAUUCGAAUAUCUAGUUGCGUCCAGGGGUGAGCAGAAGAAGAAGGAUCCGCCUAUGUAUGAAGGCAAAUAUGGCGAAGAUAUUGAGUUCUGGAUCUUCGCCACCGAGCAGUACUACGCAAACAGACGCAAGUUGAUGAAGGCGGAAUCGUCCGAUUUUGUGACGAUGAUCUCCAGCAACUUGGGCAAAUCAGUGCUGAAUUGGUAUCGAGCGUUCAUCGCUGAGUGUGAGGGUACAAACGUACAGCCCACAUGGUCGCUCUUAAAAGGAAGGCUUCGCACUCGUUUCAGACCGAAGGGCUUCGAAUACGAUCUUCGUGAAAGAAUGUUUCGUCUCAGGCAGAAUGAGACCAUCCAUCAUUACGUCCCCAAGUUUAAAGACUUGCUAUCACAGACUGAGUUGUCUAUCAGCGAGUUGGAGAAGCGUUUCUUCCUUCAGAACGGUUUAAGAGAAGAGACAGCAAUGAAGAUCAAGGAAGAGAGUCCUUCGACACUACAAGAUGCCAUUGAGAUUGCGUCGAAUUUUGAGUUUGCGCGCUACUCGGGAAAACCCCCAAGCGCUCCUGCGAAGGGUUCGCAAGGAUCGUCAGGCUCGGGGCAUCGUGUGCCUAAAUCGACGCAGCAGAAUACAAAGCGCUCCGACAAUAAGAAAGGCAAGAGCGAUGAUUGGAAGAAGACAGCUACGUGCAGAAAUUGUGGCAUGAUUGGUCACAUUUCUCCAGAUUGUACUCAGCCAAAACGUACUGAUGCGAAUCGGUACAUGCAGGGCGCAGUGUAUGCGAUCCUAGAGGCUGAAGCUCGAGCAUUCAAGACGGAAGACCAAGAGAGGCCCGUCACGAUAUUCAUUGACAACGGCGGUAGCCUAAAUGGCAUAACUGAGGAGUUGGUGAAGAAGCUUAAGUUGGAUGUCACUGAAGGUGACAUGAUGCAAGUUGAUCUCGCGGGAACAUUCCAAGUCGUGCCCGUUCCUGAAGGAAAGGACGUCACUUUGGGCAUGAUGCGGCUGCGGGAGCAGAACCCUGAUAUCGACUGGAGUACUGGACAGAUAGCACCUCGCAUCAACACGGAGAACACGCAGACUAUGAAUUUGAAACUGCCGAAGACACAUCCAACCCGUUGGGUGGCAGGAAAACGCCGCACAAGAAUUGCGCAGAGUCGCGAGAUCUUCAAUUACUAUCGGCAGCAUGGCCACAACGGCCAGUUUGGGCGAACGAAGAUGACUUCGUCCAAGCAGUUCCAGCAGAUGUUGCGUAAGGACAAGGAUAUUGAGGCAGUAUUUGUCAUUAAUCCGCAUGAUUCGAAGAAGGCUGAACGCUUCAAGAGUCAAGGAUGGGAUGCUCUCAAGGAUAAUUCGGCGUAUGAGACGUUACUGAAGUAUGCGGAUACGAUUUUCCGUACGGAACUUCCGAAUGAGACACCGCCAGUACGGGAAGGAAUUGAGCACGAGAUUUUGCUCAAACCCGGUACUAAACCGAUUUCGGUUAAACAAUGGCGCCAAAGUCCUGAUCAGAGAAAAACGAUUCAGGAAUGGACCAAAGAGAUGGUUCAGGCUGGCAUCAUUCGACCAAGUACGUCAGCAUUUUGUGCACCGACUUUCUGUGUGAAGAAACCAGUCGGAUGGCGUAUUGUGCACGAUUAUCGUAUAUUGAAUUUGGCGACGAUUUUACCAGCUAUCCCAAUGCCUCGCAAGGAAGAUACCUUUGAUGCGAUGGCCGGUAGCUAUUGGUAUUCGUGCAUGGACUUGCUCUGGGGAUAUUACCAAGUCAAGUUACGAGAAGCAGAUAUACCAUUUACUGCUUUCUCGACCCCAGAAGGUCUUUUUGAAUAUCUCGUCACACCCAUGGGACUGAGUGAAAGUCCAGGAACCUUUAAUCGUUUGUUACAGAAGUUUUCAGGGAUUUGA